AUGUCCACAUCUGUGUCCGAAGUUUACCAACACAACAAAACGUUUGAUCCCAGUACGUACACAGAAAGCUACUUGUCUCUUUCUGAUCGUGCCGAGCCGUUUGCGAAAGACCUGUUGCUAUUCCGGCUACAGCAGCUCCACCAGUUUUACAUCACAACCGGUCCUAUGCUAUCUGGUUGUAGAAUACUAGAGUAUGGUGGAGGUCCGGGCCAUAUUUAUCCUCUCAUCAGUGCUGCACCGUUCGCUUCAGAGAUCGUGUUUGCUGAAUAUGCAGAGCAGAACCGGAAAGUGGCCGAACAAUGGAAGUCCUACAGCAGCGAAACACCUGAAAUGACUGCCCUACUAGAGCAUGUGGUGCGUAUGUUGGAAAACAACACGGCUAAGAACGCUGUACAGGAAAGAGCAAUGAAGCUGAGGUCGUUGAUAUCUCAAAUACUUCCUUGUGACAUCAACCAAGAGGUCGCGCUACGUGACUGCACUCUACCGUUUGAUAUCGUUUCUACCCAUUUGUGCCUUACUGCAGCUACGUCAUCAGUAGAGCAAUACGUGCUGAAUUUGAGGAAGUUAGCUCGUCUUUUGCGUCCAGGUGGAAUGAUUGUGAUGACUGAACCAAUUGGUGGCACUUUCUAUUUAGUUGGAAGCCAAAGGUUACCUGAUCUUUACGUCAGCUCAACUGAAGUAGUUCGUGAAUCUCUACUUCAAGCUGGAUUCACUGAUGUGUCAAUAAAGACACUGAAAGUUCGACCUACUGAGGUGACUGACCAUGUUGAAUAUGCAUUUUGCACUGCAGUUUUGGAUUCUGUUUGAGUCUGAGAAUAUGGUUGAACUGUGUAGUUCAAACAUUCUCCAACAGUCAAUGGAAUUUGCGGUUUGUGAGUAGCAAAGCAGAAUUCAUAGCACUAAAGUCUGUUCACCUAUUACAUCUCCGCUCUAUUGGAAUCCCAGUUGCCUAAAUUGGUAGCUCGACCUGCAGCAUCAAAUUAAAUAAUUAAUAUGUCAUAAUUACUGUUACUAAACUAUAUUGCUAACCAUACACUAUGGCACUGUUUCAGUUAGGUGAAACACCCAACUUAGUCAG